AUGUUUGGAAACAUUGCUAAGCGUUUGGCAGGAAAGACAAUCCUUAUUACAGGGGCAUCAGCAGGUAUCGGCAAGGCUACAGCCGAAGGGUUUGCAGAAGCAUCUAAUGGAAAUAUUAAGCUCGUGCUUUGUGCCAGAAGACUUGAGAAGUUGGAUGUGUUGAAAAUUGAGUUGACCAAAAAGUAUCCAAAUUUGAAAGUGUACCCGGCUGUUUUGGAUGUUUCGAAGAUUGAUACGAUUGAACCUUUUCUCAAAAGCUUACCAACCGAGUUUGCCAUCAUUGAUGUGUUGGUGAAUAAUGCAGGUAAGGCAUUGGGUUUGGACCCAAUUGGUACAAUCGAGGAAAAGGAUGUCGAGACCAUGUUUAAGACUAAUGUUUUGGGAAUGAUCCAGCUUACGCAACUCGUCGUCAAGGACAUGAAGAAGAGAAACCAUGGAGAUAUCAUUCAAUUGGGAUCUGUUGCCGGCAGAAAUCCAUACCCAGGUGGAGGAAUUUAUUGUGCUACAAAGGCUGCUUUAAGAAGUUUCACACACGUGUUGAGAGAAGAAUUGAUUAACACCAAGGUCAGAAUUAUCGAGAUUGAGCCAGGUAAUGUUGAGAGCGAUGAAUUCUCACUUACAAGAUUUAAGGGUGACAAGGAGAGAGCCGCAAAAGUGUAUGCAAAUACCGUUCCUUUAACACAAGAGGACAUUGCUGAGGUUAUCGUUUUUACUGCUUCCAGAAGAGAGAACACUGUUAUUGCGGAAACUUUGAUUUUUGGUACGGACCAGGCUUCUGCAUACCAUAUAUACAGAGGUAAGCACUGA